AUGGCCCACCCCGCUUCGUUCAAGUCAAGCCUAGAAUCUGAUUUCCCAUACUCCCUAAUAAUCUCCCUCCCGCUCCCCACUCACCGUCUCGCCUCCGCCGCCCUGCGAGCUCUACAAGUCGACUCCGAACUCUCGCCUUUCGUCCGUCGCUCGUUCCGUCUUACGCGCCCACGCCCACCACAACCACAGCAGCAGCAGCAGCAGCAAGAAUUGAGUUCACAGCCACUUCCCGCUUCGUCUUUAGUUGAAACUACAGCUACAGCUACAGCUACAGCUACAACCCCUCAACCCCGCAGGCCAGGCCAAGGAACAGACAUUCCUAUACUGAACAGGACGGAGGGGGAAGUAAGCGAAAAGAAAGAAGGGGGUCAGGGAGAAGGGGACGGAGAAGAAGAGGUGGAGGAACUAACAGUACUGCAGACGGAGUACCGGGCGACGACGAACCGGAUGCUGCGUGUGGCUGUGAAUGGGUUCAUGGAGAGUUUGGGGGUGGUGUUGGGGGUUAUGGAGGAGUUGGACGUGGAUAUUUUGGCGGGGCAGUUGGAAUAA